CUGUCAUGAGGCACCUUUCCUCUCCAACACACUGGUCCCAUUCCACCUCCACCCCUCCUGGCUCUCUCAUCCAAACACACUCACACUCUCUCACUCUUGCGCAAGUGCCACUGGCCAAAGGCGCGCGCUCUAGUGCUUAAGUACGAGGUUCACUUCAAUAUCAUUAGCGUGCUCAUUCUCUCUCGAAAUGUUGCUGUGCGUUUGGGUGGGUUUUUGUCCACCAUUGUAAAUCUUUAAUUAUGAGUGUUUUGUUUGGUCGUUCAUUUGAAGGCACACAUUAAGAAGGAGCCUAUAUUUCAAUGGAGCUGUGGAUACGGACAUGGCAGGUAUCCUGCCUGGCGCUCAUGAUGUUGGAUGUAGUUCUAGCACAGAUUCGUUACACGAUCCCAGAGGAACUGGAGCACGGGGCUUUUGUUGGAAAUAUUGCGGAGGAUCUGGGACUAGACACCAGCAAACUCUCAAUCCGACGAUUUAGAAUAGUCUCAGGGGCGAAACGGCCAUAUUUGGAGGUGAAUUUAGAAAACGGGGUUUUAUUUGUCAAUGAAAUAAUUGAUCGAGAAGAGUUGUGCGAACAAAAUCCAUAUUGUUCAUUCCAUCUCCAAGUUGUGAUCGAAAACCCAUUAGAAUUGUAUAGAGUGGAAGUUGAAAUACUAGAUGUCAACGACAACACUCCGGUUUUUCCAUGGAGUGAAUUUAACCUGGAUAUCUCCGAAUCGGCCGCUCCUGGAUCGCGCUUCCCACUGGAAAGCGCGCAGGACCUGGACGUCGGUGACAACUCUCUUCGCUCGUAUCUGCUGAGUGUAAACGAACACUUUGUCCUGGAUGUCCAGACGCGCAGCGACGGCAGUAAAUUCGCAGAACUGAUCCUCGAAAGUCCGCUGGACCGGGAGCAGCAGAAGACUCACCUGAUGGUUCUUACAGCGGUGGACGGAGGCUCGCCAGAGAGAUCGGGCACUGCGCAAAUAAACAUAACGGUGCUGGAUGCCAACGACAACGCGCCUGUGUUCGAUCAGAACUUUUAUAAAGUGAGGCUGGCAGAAAACGCGCCGAGAGGCACAGUCGUUAUAAAACUAAACGCCACUGAUCUAGAUGAAGGACCCAAUGGAGAAAUCACGUACUCUUUUAGCGGCCACGCUCCAAUGAGAGUGCGCGAGCUGUUCAGCGUGGAUCCCCGCACUGGAGAAAUCAAAGUAAAAGGACUUAUAGAUUAUGAAAAGGCACGGAUGCAUGAAGUUUACGUACAAGCCAAAGACAAGGGACCGUCAGCUGUGGCGGUGCACUGCAAAGUUAUGGUUAACAUUAUAGACGUCAACGACAAUCUUCCAGAAGUGAUUCUUACAUCAGUAUCCACGCCGGUUCAAGAAGACGCGCCACCUGGCACAGUGAUAGCAGUCAUUAGCGUAAUGGAUAAAGAUUCUGGAGAAAACGGAAAUGUUGAUUGUGAAAUUUCUCAUCACGUUCCCUUUCAGCUACAUUCCUCUUUUAAAAACUAUUACACGUUAGUUACGUGUGAUUUUCUGGACAGAGAAUCCAUUUCAGAGUACAAUAUCACUCUCACGGCGCGUGAUAUGGGCUCACCGCCGCUUUUUACUAGGAAAACAAUUUUAGUGCAAGUGUCUGACAUCAACGAUAACGCGCCGCGUUUCAAACAGCCCUCCUACACGAUCUACCUGACCGAAAACAACGCGCCAGGAGCCUCGAUUUGCACCAUCACCGCUCAAGACGCAGACGCGGAUCAGAAUUCCUACUUGUCCUACUCUAUUCUAGAAAACGACAUCCAUGGAAUGCCGGUGUCCACAUACGUGUCCAUCAACUCAGAUAACGGCAACAUUUACGCACUGCGCUCUUUUGACCAUGAGCAGCUCAGAAACUUUCAGAUCGUGGUUCAAGCCGAAGAUGCUGGUUUUCCGCCUCUCCGCGCGAACGUAACAGUCAACGUGUUUGUUUUGGACCAGAACGACAACCCUCCGGUCGUUGUAUCCCCGUUGCCCGAGAAUGACACCGCGACGGUUGUAGUUGUCCCCAGAUAUGCUGAUGCCGGGUACCUAGUGGCUAAAAUCACCGCCAUGGACGCGGACGCCGGGCAAAACUCGCGUCUCUUUUAUGAAGUCCUCCAAGCUACAGAUCUCAGUUUGUUCAGUGUCGCUCUGUACACCGGGGAGAUCAGGACAAUUCGCCGCCUGAUGGACAACGACCCCAGGAGGCAGAGGCUGGUGGUUUUGGUCAAGGACAACGGUCAGCCGCCGCUCUCGGCCACGGCCUCCAUCAUGUUGUCAGUUGUUGACAGCGUGCCAGGAUCCUUGUCUGAUUUUGGUGACCUCGCGCUCAGCCCCCAGUACCGGUCAAACCUCACGCUGUAUUUAAUCGUAUCUCUGGGCGCCGUUUCAUUCACGUUUCUCGUGGCUAUUAUUGUCCUGGCUACAAUUAAGGGAUUGAAGGACAGGAGCUCGUGCUGUGGAUUUUAUUCUAAGGACCCCGCCACUGACGUCGUUAAAAAGUCUAACUUGAACAUUCACAUAUCACCGGGAUCAAAGGGACCCACGCAAUGCGUGGAAGUAAACGGGAACAACCCAAUAGGUCAAAACUACUGCUAUAAAAUGUGUCUGACUCCAGAGUCAUCUAGAAGUGACUUCAUGUUCCUCAAGCCUUGUAGCCCCACGGGAACAUCUUCCCGAAACAAUAUAAAGGAAAUAGAAAACAAAUCUUUGACCUGGAGUCCAGCCAGCCACAGUCUUGGUACCAGAUAUGGAACGACCUCUCCAAAUGAACUCAAACAGGGAAACAAAGACCAAACCCUGACCAAGAACCAGCUCAAUUAUACAUAUACAAGCCAUACUCCAAUAAACACAGGUAGGACACUGCAGCGCAGGCUGAUUCAGGACUCAGACUACUAUGCUUACACAUCUGUCCCGCAGUACUGGACCUGGGGAAAUCACAUGCAUGACUAUAAGACCUCAUCUAAGGGUGGAGGUUUUCCAAAUCGUUCAUGGACACGUUACAAUCAACAGGAUUCAAUUCAACCCCCACCAGACUAUCAACAUAAUGUUUACAUUCCCGGAACACCAUCAACACUCUGUACACUCAAACUGGCAAACAAUGGGGACAUUGAAGUCUGCAACUCAUUCUCAACUUUUGGCAAAAAGAAAAAGCCAAACAAUAACAAUCAAGAGGACGCAGUAAUAACCAAAAAUUUUUUCAAAUAAUUUUUCCAGUUUCACCUGUA